CCAACACUGUUGAAUAUAGCGCAGCCAACUUUAGGUAGUACAUGACUCUGCGGCUUUGACAAAAACAUAGUUCAUCUUCAAUUGGAAAUUAUUUCCUUGUUUAAUUCAAUCGAGACGUCAAAGUAAACAAAAUGCCCACUGAAAACCUUGAGGAGCAGGGCCUGGAGAAGAACCCCAACCUGGAGCUGGCACAAACAAAGUUCCUUCUCACGCUUUCCGAACACAAACAAGAUGCAGCACUCAAGACCAAACUGCUCGACGAUAUUCGGGCCGAUAAUAUGGCUCCAUGGUAUGAACACAUCUGUACAGAGCUGAAUUGGACUGUGGACAAGGAUAUGCUGGCACGUAUGCGCGAACAGAACCGCAUUGCAAUCGAGCAGUUGGACGCUGCUAUUGAGGAUGCUGAAAAGAAUUUAGGCGAGAUGGAGGUACGCGAAGCCAAUCUGAAAAAAUCUGAAUACUUGUGUCGUAUCGGUGACAAGGCCGCCGCUGAGACAGCUUUCCGCAAGACGUACGAAAAGACCGUGUCAUUAGGUCACCGAUUGGACAUUGUCUUCCACCUAAUUCGUCUGGGUCUGUUCUAUUUAGAUCACGACCUAAUCACACGUAACAUCGACAAGGCCAAGUAUUUGAUUGAGGAGGGCGGGGACUGGGAUCGCCGCAAUCGCUUGAAAGUAUAUCAGGGUAUUUAUUCGGUUGCUGUGCGCGAUUUCAAGGCAGCGGCCACCUUCUUCCUGGACACCGUCAGCACCUUCACCUCAUACGAGCUUAUGGACUAUCCGACCUUCGUGCGCUACACCGUUUAUGUGGCCAUGAUUGCGUUGCCGCGCAACGAGCUGCGCGAGAAGGUAGUAAAGGGCUCUGAGAUUCAAGAGGUUCUGCACGGCCUGCCUGACGUCAAGCAGUUCUUAUUCUCCCUCUUCAACUGCCAGUAUGAGCAGUUCUACGUGAAUUUAGCACAAGUGGAGAAGCAGUUGCGUGCUGAUUAUCUGGUUCAUCCCCACUAUCGUUACUAUGUCCGAGAGAUGCGCAUUUUGGGCUAUACACAACUGCUGGAGUCCUAUCGUUCGCUAACGCUUCAGUAUAUGGCCGAGUCGUUUGGCGUCACUGUCGACUACAUCGAUCAGGAACUGGCACGAUUUAUCGCAGCUGGACGUUUACAUGCCAAGGUUGAUCGAGUCGGCGGAAUUGUGGAGACCAAUCGACCGGAUAACAAGAAUUGGCAGUAUCAGGCGACCAUUAAGCAGGGUGAUCUACUGCUGAAUCGUAUACAGAAGCUUAGCCGUGUGAUUAAUAUUUAAGUUCAUAAUCAUACUCAUACACACCCAAGAAAAUAUAAAAUUUUAUUAAAAAUUCAAGUUAUUACAAUGUAAAACUAAUAUAACAUAAAA